UUUAUUUCAUUGAUGGAUGCUGCAUCUACCCUCCCCAUUUGUUUCCUCAUCUGACCAAUUAAUAAGCACAUAGCAUUUGUCUUUUGUUGUGUUUUUAUUUAAAUAUUUACUUUGUCUUUAUUUCAUUUGUCUAGUGUGGUUCUGAUUAGAGUUUUUUGCGCAAAAUUAGUCUGAUUAGAAAAUUGUUUUCUUAGGAAGCUUUCGGAAAAUAUACGUGAUUUGUGCGUAAAGGCGCAUCACACCAAACACGGCUGGUUAGAACAUCUGGGCAUUGGGAGCUUUGAUUGAGCAGACAGACGAAUCAAUGUAAAGAUGUCACGUGUGCAUUACAUGGGAGGUCUCUUGUAUCAGUGUGAGGUGGUAAAUUCGCACAAUUCCUCGACUCACCUUGACUUUCUUUAGAAGAAGGGACUUGGAGGAGCGUGGUGCUGGAGGACAGCUCCUCUUUUCCAAGCAAUCGGAGACUACAUAUAAAUAUAAAUCAACUUCUCUUACUUGCUCACAGCUCCAGUCUGCUCUCCAAAGUGGUCAAGUGAACGUUUCUUGCUUUUCCUACAUUCAUCGUAGGUGGGUCUAUGAAUUCUUUGGCGUCUGAUUUAGAUUUUUAACAAUGGUUCAGGACAAAUCAUGAACGCUAACUGUUUCUUUAAUGGUGUAAACAUGUCGUUCUUGAGCUCAAACCUCAGCAACGUGAACCAGACUCCGCAAGCACUAGACGACCAGCAGCCGCGAGAUGAGAGAUUAGCUCGGAUCGAGAUCGCACUGCUGGGUGUCAUCUUCCUGAGCGCCACGACUCUGAAUCUGGGACUCCUGCUCGUGCUGGUGAAGCGGCGCGAGUCCAUGUCCCGCAUGCGCGUGUUCGUUUUGCACCUAUGCCUGGCGGAUCUCACUGUGGCUUUGUUCCAGGUGUGUCCUCAGCUCCUGUGGGACAUCACGGACCGCUUCGUAGGUCCAGACUUGGUGUGCCGCUUGGUCAAGUACCUACAGGUUGUCGGCAUGUUCGCCUCUACUUAUAUGAUCGUGGUGAUGACAUUAGAUCGCUACCAAGCCGUGUGUAACCCCAUGGGCACUCUGCAGAGGAAGAGAGCACGCUGGAACUUGCCGGUGUGUAUCGCAUGGGCAGUAUCCCUCGUGGGCGCCCUGCCGCAGAUUUUCAUUUUCUCCCGCGUCCAGGUGGCUCCGGAAGUCUUCGACUGCUGGGCGCAAUUCGUGCAGCCGUGGGGACUUAAAGCGUACGUGACCUGGACAACUUUAGUCAUAUUCGGACUGCCGAUCUUGACGGUGAUCGUGUGCCAGGUAUGCAUUUGCCGCGCCGUGAGGGUAAGAUUGCACAUGAAUACACACCACGAGGGCUGCACAAAUGCUAGCCGCGUGCCCGGGCUCUCCAAGGCGCGCGUAAAGACCGUCAAGAUGACCGUUGUGAUCGUCCUCGUUUACGUGGUUUGCUGGGCGCCGUUCUUCACCGUACAGCUGUGGUCAGUAUGGGACGACGACGCUCCGACUGAAUCUGCAACAUUCACCAUCCUCAUGCUCCUUGGAAGUCUGAAUAGCUGUGCCAACCCCUGCAUCUACCUCGUCUUCAGUGGCCCAGGACCCAAGCAACUGUUGGCACUGAUGUGUACAAGCCACAGUGAAAUUAAAGGGUCUUUGCCUGAGGACGCCACAGUGAUCAGUACUGUCUACCUGAGCUUGAAGGGUCUCUCUUAGUUGAACAGAAGAGAACAGUGAUCCCAGGGAAAAUCUUCAGACAUGGCAGCAAAAAGUGAAAAAACAACACCAGGUUUUUCAUGUUCUUUCCUACACUGUCAUCUUUUUGCUUUUAAACCACAUAGCAACAGAACCCCAGAAAUAUAGUAAGCUUUGUAAAUGCCACGGAGCAACAGAAACACAAAACAAUUUGUAAUCUUAAACUACUGCCACUGAGUGAAAUAUGUAUGAUUUAUAAGAACAGAUUUACAAAGUCCUCAAUUGUUCACUAUAAAAACAAACAAGAAUUUGUGAGGGGAUAGCACAUGGUAGGUUAUAUGUAAUCAAUCUCUGUGUCCUUACAAACACUAAACAGAUCAGCACUGAUCAUCAGUCUUGCAAAUAAAAAUGAUGUGUAGACAAAACUUUCACAAUUCUUUUAAUUCUUCUUUCAAUUCUUUAACAAUGCACUGUAUAUUUAGCCUGGACCUGCAGUCUUGGGGGAAAAGAAAGUACAAUAUCCUUCAAUUCUAUGUUCUAUUAUCACAACCUAAUCACUAACAAUUGUGUAAACUGGUUACAGUUGCACAGAUUCUGAGCACAGUAAAUACUAAUAGAAAUAAAAUCACAUCACAAGCACCAGAGUGAUGGACAGGGGUAAAAAAAAAAUACGAUGCCUGGUUCUAUAGGUUGAGCGUAAAGGAAAACAGCAAAAAUCAAGUGAAAUGCUAAAUGGAACUGAUAAAAUUGUAAAUUUGUGUGCUCUGCUUAGUAAAUAUGGGGCAUAAAUAACCUCAGGUGACAACAAAAACUGACAUAUUUCAGUACAAAGUCAUUUUCCCCUAAAACAUAUACCAACAUUCACUAAGCAAGUGUGAAAAAAAUAAAUACACCCUUCCUACAGUCAUUACAAAAGAAAUCAGCAGCCAUGUGCUAUGAAAGAAAUACACAGAUUGGUUAAUCUUCUAGAAGUGUGUAUCUACAUCUUACCAAGAAGAAAGGUCAAUAGCCAUAACCUCAGAGAAGCAACUGUUGUUUCUUACCAAUCUGGGAAAGGGUAUAAGGCCAUUUCCAAACAAUUUGAAUUUCUACAGAGAAGGAUUGUUUGCAAAUGGAAAGCCUCUGCCAAUCUUUCCCAGGAGUGGGCAUCCCAGCAAAUUCAUUUCAAGUGUUCAGGUCAAUUCAGGUAUUUCAGGUUAUCAGGGAUGGUUGGCUAGGAAAAAGUGCUUUGAACAAAGGGACAAUGAUCCUAAGAACAACAGCAAAUUACUUUUGGAUGGGGAAAGAAGACAAUAAUGAAGGUGUUGGAAUGGCCAAGUGAAGUCUAGACGUUAAUGUCAUUGAGCUGCUUUGGCAGGAUCUCAAGACAGCUAUAUAUAAACAAAUCUCCUCAAACAUCAAUGAACUGAAGCUGAUAAAAAAACGUCUAUUAUUGGUGAUAAAAAGAGUUCUACAUAUUACUGGGCACUUAUUUUUUCACACCUGCUUUCUGAAUGUUGGUUUAUGUUUUGGGAACAAAAUGGCUACAGUAGCAGGAGGACCACACAGUUGUUUUGUUGGCAAGCUGCACUUUACACAGGACUUUAAAUGGUGAAGUGUCAUAGCACAUGAAAUCUGUAUCUGUAUUUUAUUUGCUCACACAAUAAAUUACUUCAAAUAUAUACACAAUACCGAUCAAGAGAUAUGUUAUAACUGUCAAAUAGACAGAAAAGAACUCAAAACAUGUUUAUUAAAGUUAGAAUAUUCUAUGUUGAUAAUAUGACAGUAUAUUUGCUUUUAAUUAAAUCUGACCCACUCUUUGGAUGAUGAGUAAUUCAUGUUAGACUGUGUAAUGCAUAGACCUGUUGAUGUCUAUAAGAAAAUAUGUGGAAGUAUUUAGGUAGAUAAACUUGGGUAUUCAAUUAGUCACAUAUAAGACACAGACAGUCAGAAAGAGAGACAGAGGGGUUUUUUUUGACUUGCAGUUUAGUCAGAAACAAAGCACAGUUUCCGUGUAUGGUUGGUAAUGUGAAAGCUGGAAGCCUACCAUGGAAAUGAACCCAAGGUAGUGUGAGUUCAGUUGCACUGAAACUGUGCUGUGAUUCCAGUGAAUGCGAACACAACUCAUGCUUUUACAAUAAAAACUGGAACCUGCACAUGUGCCUCAUCCGAUGAAGUCAUCAUUAGUUUCACACCAACACACGUGUACCAUAAGUAACAGAGGAAUGAUAGAGUAUAGAGUAUAUACAGAGAGAGAGAGAGAGAGAGAGAGAGAGAGAGAGUGAGUCAUUGUGUUUUACAUGUGCGUUUGUGAUGAUGGAAGAUGAAUGCAAAUGUACUGGGGUUUAAUAUCCUCAAGUGAGUCUGAAACCAGACCGACACAGUAGGAACACCAGGAACAAUCACACACUGAUUGAGACCUCCACAAACAUGGAAAACCAUCAGAGUGAAAGCUACGGAUUUACUGCUUAUCUUAAGGCAAACAGUUUCAUUCUCAAUUCUUAGUUGGCAUUUCUUUACAUGCAUGUGCUCAAAUGUAUAAAUGUCCAACUUUGGACACUGUAACUAUGUAUUGAAGUGUGAUUUGACAUUUUUAUCAAAAUCCCUGGGGUUAUGCUACUGUUUAAGAACCUAUGAACUUAUGUUCUGGUCCCUAGUGAGAUCACUUUUCACAUAUAUACAUGAUAGAUACCAAACUGACCUUCAGAAAAGACUUCAACACACCUAUAUAUAUAUAUAUACUGUAUAUAUACUGUAUAUAUUUUCCUAUAAAGUAUAUCUAAAAUGUAGCAUUUGAGAAUCAGUUUUUCAAAAUAGCACAAACCCUUGAUGUGAAAAGGGAAGUACAUUUAACACUGCACAAAUCCUGUUACAGAUCUACCAGGGUGCAAUCACACUAAUGCUCCAUAACAGACCUGUAAAUGUCUUGCGCCACAAUCCAUUCAAACAACCGAACCAUUAUAAAAAGAGACAUUUCAUCUCAGGCAGAAAUGGCACGUUAUAUCCCAUGUCAGCCCGAAUGAUCAGAAAAGCUCUAAUGACAACAUGUGUGGACAGAUUUCACACUGACUGUUGGUGACUGUUGAUUACUAAAUCAAUUGCCAAUGGGUUUAAUCACCGUUCCAAGAAAACAGACCUGCUGGGGCUUAUUUGAGUGCACAGAGGGGAUGGAGGCUGCAAAGAAAGAGAGAGAUCGAACUCUGUAUUACUCCUAUCAGCUAGUGUUCUUCUUGGACUUUGGGCACGUGUUUUUCAACGAACACGUGGCCACACACGUUUUCCAUGGAGAUUUGAGUUCAUCUGGUAAAAAUGCAAUCACUCCACUUAAAUGCCAUGUGUGCAUGACGAGCAUGCAUGAAAAGACGUAUACAGCACAUCAGAUGCACAGCAUUAAUAAAAUGUAUGUUGUUUAGCAUCCACUACUCCCAAUUAGUAACAUUCAAGUGACUGAAAGAAGCAAAAGAGGUUGCACGUGAGACCAUCUUUAAGAGUAUCCUUAUCAAACAAUAAUGUAUUUAACUCUGAAAUUUUUCUGUUAUGUAGAAAUAAUUAAUAGCCCUAAAAUCUUGUCAUAAGGCACAAGAAUCAUAAGGCAGUUCUCGAUGGUGGGCAAACUCACGUGAGCUUCAUGCAAGUUCAUGCACAUGCACAUGCACGUGUACUCACACUUAGUCCCAUUAGUCAGAACCUGAGAGUGCUUUGAUUCACCUCACCCUGAUACAACCAUGUCAGGUUUUUUUCAUUAGCAUGCAUUAACAGCAUCCUCUGUUUGUAAGUGUAGAGUGCACCCACUCCAUUUGUUCGUCCCUAAGAUGAUUUGAGAGACAUAACCUGUACUGUGUAGUUCAAGUUGUACCCUAAACAAAAAGAGGCCAUUUUUACAUUUAUGUGAAAACACUUUGACCAGCUUAUUUCAAAGCUGUGCUAUUUUACUCUAGCAUAUUUGUGUGCUGCUAAAUUUUAAAUAAUGUAAUUAUUUGUGCGAGUGUGAUUUGAAAAAGCUCCAGAAAUAACUAUAUGGCUGAUGUAUAAAAGGGUAAUAAAGUGUCUUCUACAUAUUAAUCACUGAAUUUAAGACUGAAAUGAAAAACAACAACAACAAACAUAUUUUAGUCUGACAUAUAGCCACAAAGAAUGUUUAAUUCCUGAUAUGGCUGGAGCUCUUCAAUUACAUUUAUAGAGUUAUAGACAUUUUAUUUCUUUGCACUCUCUCUCUCUCUAUAUAUAUAUAUACAGUGUAUGUGAAAAGUAAAAAAAAAAAAACUGGGAUGGAAUUUUUCUGCUCCUUUUGAAGUAACUCCCUACAGAAAUAAAAAAUAAAUAAAGCAAAAUGUGUCCUCACAAUGAUUUGAAAAUAAAUGAAUAAUUAAACCUCCUGUGAGUGUGUGAAUUGCCCAGCUGUACCUCUAUGAAAUUUGCGCUUCUAUGAUCAUUUUAAUUUUGAUGUUGUCCUUGUCACAGAUUGUACCUCUGCAGCUUCCAUUAACUCACAGCCACCAAACACCAAACUUUCAGCAGCCAUCAGCACUCCUCCGCUUUCAAUCUCUGGACUUUUAAUCACACAAACAAUUAGUCUGUGACUCACUCACCCUUUAUAUACUCUGUGUUUUCUUUUGUUCCUCAUGAAGUAUUCACUCCUUUCUGUUUUGUAUAUGCUUCUUGGACGUCGAUUUGGAUUGCAUUUUUUGGUCUGAUUUUCCAUGUCUCUUAUUUUUGCCGUUGUGCUCCAUGUGUUUUAUGUCACAGCCCUGUUCCUAUGUUUUGUUUUGUUUUUGUUCAGUUUUUGUCACAGCUUAGUUGUUUUUUAGUUCUUUAAUAAAGUAUUUUCUGCAUUUUCCAUCCUUCUUCAGCUCUGUUUGUGACAGUCUUACUUUACAAAAUGCUAAAUCUCCCACAUGAGAUGGAGCACAUGACUGAACUGCAAUCUUCAAGUCAUGCCACAAAUUGAGCUUUGACUCGGCCAUUCCAAAACACAAACCUCUCUUUUUUCCCAAGCAGGUUUGUUUUGGCUUGUUGUCCUACUGGAACCUACAGUCAUGGGAAAAAGGAAGUAUACCCUACCCCCAAUUCUAUGUUUUAGUUAUUUCCAUUUGAAAACCAUUCACUCCUGCUGAGGAUUGCCCCUAAAGAGGCUGGACUACUGUGGAUGAUACCUCUAAGAAACGAUGAAGAUGGCUUUGGACUGUAAUGGAUGCAAUCUGUUUUGCUAUGAUAGCUUUAGGACUGCAGUUGUCACAAACAGUUUUACACUCAAGUCUCCAUCAGUGAACAGUUGAUAACUUCAACAAGAUAGACUUCAUGUUGAAUAAAUUUCCUGGUUCUGCACCUUUUGGCCAUAAAGUCCACAGUUAUACAAAAGAAAUAUUUUAUCACACUAUACUGUGUCACCCAAAUGAAAAUGGGUUUGCUUUCGAGUAAGGUUUCUUUCAAGGUUUCUUCCUCAUAUCAGCUCAGAGAGUUUUUUUCUUGUUUCCAUCAGUUUUGACAUGCUAGAGAAAAAUUAUACAGUUAAAAUAU